AGUGUGACCACUAGAGAGAUGGCAUUUCCACAGCACUUUAGAUGGAGUCGUGUUGGUUCUCGGUCGAUCCAACUUAGUUGGGAUGACCACAAGAUUAGCGGACUCAACUUAAACUUUAUUCACCUCGUCGUCCUUGCAGACCGCAAGCAUUUGCGUGACGUGGCUAUGCACCAGCUCUUCUGGCUCAUCUUCGCAUUCUCAGCUCUAUGGAGUGGAGUGAGUGGAGAUAGCGAUACGACAUUGACAACAUUAGAGGUAACCAAAGUAACCGAACCGACGGAAAGUACCAAAGAGACCGAAGUGACAGAAGGCACUACAGGAAAGCCACUUCCACAACACUUUAGAUGGAGUCGUAUUGGUUCUCGAUCCAUCCAACUUGGCUGGGAUGACCACACAAUUAACGGAGCCACCUUGCACUUUAUUUACCUCAUCGUCCAAAAGAUAGGUGCCACGACUCCCCAUUUCAGUGAGCAGGUAGAAUUCACCGAUGGGUCGGUUACUGUUGACGGGUUGCAACCCGACACGGUGUAUAUAGUAAGACUGUCAGCAUACGCCGGUACGGAAGAACAUUUGGACAUUAUCAGCACCAUCAAGACUCUUAAGGAUGGAGAGAAGGAUAUAACAAAUGGAAGCAAAUCGUCCCUCACUUAUUCAUUCGCUGUCAACUUUGUCACCACCGCAGCCUUGCUUAUAUGCAUGCCAGUGGUGCUUGCUUAG